CGGAACCUCUCUUUUUAGCGCCGCCAAUAUGGAUGACGACUACGAAAACUACUCUGGAGAAGACGAGUUCAAUGAGGACGCCUUGAACAACGCGGACUACGAUGCCUUAUAUGCCGCCCUCCCCGAGGCGAAGGCCCAGCUACAGUCGUACAAUCCGCAGAUCCAGGACCUCGAUAUCAAAGAGGCCCUCUACUACAACUACUUCGAAAUCCCCGCUGCGCUCGAGGAACUCAAAAGCAAGUUCCCCCGAAAAAAAGGUAUGUUAGUGUUGUCGUUUUUACCCCCUGUCUUUUUUACCGCCCCUUCUUGUGGCGCUCACGGAGUGCCGCUCCGUCGUCUCUGAUUCUUGUCCUCUGUACUACCUGAGUUCUAGGUCCGCCAGCGCCGGGUGUCCGUUUCUUCGUUCCAAAUUUGCUAAUACAUUAGAGGAGCUCCCGCCGCCGAGGUUGUCGAAAUUGGCGAUGCUAGCGAAACUGAGGGCCGGGGCCGCCGCGCCCAAAGCGGGCCUAGAUCUCAGUGGUUUUGUGGCCCGGCGUCCGGCAAAUCCGCCGGCAACGUCCGGAACGAGCAGGGCGUCUGGGCUCGCGGCACUAGCGCUGGCCCGGGCAAAACCGGGUGCCAACGCCGGCCAAGGCGAGCCGACCCCGCCGCUUUUGGAGGCGGCCGCCGGGGUGCCGAAAGACUCGAGAUUGGGCCUGCUUGCCAAGCACGGCCGGGCCGCGCCAGGCGCCGUUGGCCUCGCGGCCGCGGAUGCAGGCUCUGCGAUUGGCCGCCCGGGCAAAACUCAGUUGUUGCGGAGAGCCAAUGGCGGCGGCCUAGAGCUAAGGCGCAGGCUCGAAAAGGCCAAGCAGCAGCAGCAGCAGCAGCAGCAGCAGCAGCAGCAGCAGCGCGAGCGUGGCACAGAUUCCGACACAGCCGCCGAGCCCCUGAUAUCUGAAACGCAGCCGAGCGCCGGAACCGGUGCCGGCCGCCGGCCGCUGGAACCACACUGCGCGGACCCGCCGCUUUCUUUCGAGCUCUGCGUGGCCCACUCGGGCCGGCGGCAAGGCCCGCCCAGCCGCGUGUCUGUGCUCUUGUUUGAAGACCCGGUGCGCACACGGCACCGCCCGGAGCUUGUCGCCAAGCGCCGCAAGCUUUCGGGCCAGUUGUUCGCGGCAUAUACUAACCGAGAAGCCAGCAUUGCCCAGGCCAGGGCCAACUUCAGCCAGCCGAGCCCCGACGACCGGGUGCUCCGUGCGCAGAAACAGGCGUUUGAGCAGGGGGUCCAGGAGUUGAGUCUCGGCGGGGCCAAAGGCGGGGCCAAAACGGACAUCAGGACGGACGCCGCCACGGGCCCCAAAGCCGGCGGCAAGGCGCCGCGGCACGCAACCAAGCCGUUCAAGAACAUCGACGUGCGUAGCGAGCUCGCGCAAAACCCGCGUUUCGCCAAGCCCAGCGAGGCGUUUGUCAUCAUCGGCCACGUGGACGCCGGCAAGCUGACGCUCAUGGGCCGCAUCUUGUACGACACCGGCACCGUGGACGCCAAGACCGUCAACAAGUUGGUGCGCGAGGCCGAGAAGUCGGGCAAGGGCUCGUUUGCCUUGGCCUGGGUCAUGGACCAGACGGCCGAGGAGCGGGCGCGCGGCGUGACCAUCGACAUCUGCGCCACGGCGUUCGAGACCGCGUCCACGCGGUUCACGGCCAUCGACGCGCCGGGCCACCGCGACUUCGUGCCCCAGAUGAUUGGCGGCGUCUCGCAGGCCGACACGGCGCUCCUCGUGGUGGACGCCAUCAGCGGCGAGUUCGAGGCCGGCUUUCUCAUGGACGGGCAGACGAAGGAGCACGCGGUCAUCGCGCGCAGCUUGGGCGUCGCCAGCCUCGUGGUGGCCGUGAACAAGCUCGACAAGGAGAACUGGCGCGAGGCGCGGUUCCGGGACAUCUGCGAGCAGCUCGGCCAGUUCUUGGCCGGGCCCGACAUCGGCUUUGCCGCGGGCGACAUCUCGUUCGUGCCGGUGUCCGGCUUGACCGGGCGCAACGUGGUGCGCAACGACGGCGCCGCGCCCGAGUUCGCCUGGUACACGGGCCCCACGUUGGUGCAGCGCUUGGAGCAGCUUGGUGGGGAAUCCUCCGCCGCACGUGCGCCGGUGGACGUGAUCUUGGACAGCGCCUUCAGCAUGGCCAUCAACGACCUCUACGACGUGACGGGCGCGGAGUUCAAGGCCAAGGGCAGGGUGUCGCUGGGGCUGGUCCAGCCGGGGCAGACCGUGUGCGUCCACCCCACGGAGGACCUCUUGCAGGUGCAGGCCGUGCACUUUGCCGACACGCCCGCGGACGUGGCGGUGCAGGGCCAGAUUGUGCUGUUGACGUUCAAGGUGGCCCAGCUCCAGAACAAGAGCACCGCGGACUUGGCGCUCGGCGACAUUGUGCUGAGCGUGGUGUCGCCGGUGCGCUCCGUGCGUGAGUUCCGCGUGCACCUCAGCACGUUCGACAUGGCCAAGCCGCUCUUGGUGGGCACGCCGUUCGUGAUGUUCCGCAACAACGCGGCCGUGGCUGCGCGCAUCAACAAGGUGGUGCGCGUGGGCGGCGCCAAGACGAAGAAGAAGCACUUGGUGUCGCGCCAGGAGGCCGACGUUGUUGUGGAGGUGCUUGAGGACAGGCGGCUCCCGGUGGCGCGGUUUGACGACAGCCGGGCCUUGGGCCGGGUCGUGCUCCGCCGCGAGGGCGUGACGAUUGCUGCGGGCGUGGUCACGCGGGUGGACUAGCUGUGCUGCGCUAUGCACCUAUGUGGUUGUGGUUGUGGGUGUUUCCGGUGUUUUGGAGUUUGGGGCAUGCCCAGCUGCUCCAUUUCGCAACGGCAUGUGCACAUUCCGACGCGCUCCACGUACGACUGGCAGGGCGUGGGUUUGUGCUAGCAUUGUCAUUGGGACUGAUGGUGCUGUUUGACCAGGGAAUGCGCCAUCGGGAGAUGUCCGGCCACUACAGAAUCAUAGCCAUUGAAACACUCAAUCUAUAAUGAAGCACACAUCUUAUAGACAAUCUUCAAUACAGAAGCCUUC